AUGGCGUCCAUUUUAUCCCCCUUCCGAAGGAGCUACAGGUAUUUGCAAUACCUCGCACACGAACAGCCAGUCAUCUUUUACUCUUGCGUCCUCGGGCUCGCAGGACCAGUUCUUGCUUUGAGUGUGCCUGCAGUCAGGAGAAACUGGCUCGGAUAUACUCCCGCGGAACCUAUACCUACCACAUAUCCUGUGCCGAAACGGCCGAGAAAGCCUGUACAAGGCUAUGAGGAUGAGUAG